CCGAAAAAAAAACCCUAUAUAAGAUAGCAUGAUCUUCAGUUCACAAUCAAUUAUGUCACUAUAAAUAUACUAGCGAAGUCAUACCGUUGUUUCCUAAACCCUUCGCACAACUGCAAAUCUCUUCAAUACCUAAACCUGCAAUUAUGAAGUUCACAUCCAUCUUUCCAUUUGCUUUGACUUUAUCAAACCUUGUCACAUCUCUCCCAUUAGGUUAUGACACAUCCAAAUCAACAUCCUUUAAUUUACAGAUCCAGAACAGCUCUAUUAACGCGUUAAAUGGCGAACAGAUCACGCGAAGAUUCGCCAGCAACCGCCCAGACAGCGAAUUGGGAUACUUCCCAGGCGAGGAAAUCGGAUUCAGUGGUUACAUUACGGAUACCGGGAGAUUCGAACUCGAAUCCAUAACAGGUCCACAGUCAGUGUGUAUCGACGAUUCCCUUACCUUAGUUCCAAACCAUGUUGCUUACAUCCGUGAAGGCACCGAAAGCAAGAGCGGGUUUGCCAUUCAAGCCGGGGGUCUACUCUCAUUUAGAAAUUCUACCCUGUGGUUACUCUGCCACAACAAUGGGGUUUAUGCGUUGGUAACUGGCGAAUCCAACUGUGACACCAGCGAUAUUUACGCAAAGGUAGAACUUGUUGCCCUUAACAAUGAAAAGCCCAUCUCUGAAUACCUUCCCACCACUACCACCCUUGGGCCUGUGCCAACAGCCUGAUAGGACAUUACUAGUGGAGCCCAAAGGAAUAGCUCUGCACAUAUACGAACCUAAUAACUUUAAUUCUAAUGACCAAUCCUUCUGCUAGCUUGUACUG